AUGUCCAGCAGCAACACACCAAUUGACCUCAGUCAGGAUGCCCCCAAAUCUACCAGCAAGCAUGUUCCUGAGAGAACCCCAGGCACCACCAUGCUUCCUUUAGCUAGAAUCAAGCGCGUCAUCAAAGAGGAUAAAGACGUUUCUCUCAUCAAUGCUGAGGCCACUUUUUGUAUAGCUUAUGCCACUGAGCUGUUUAUGGAAUAUCUUGUCACUGAAGCAUUUUCAAAGGCCAAAAAGGAGAAGAGAAAAACGGUUUAUUACAAGGAUCUAGCCAGCACAGUCAAAGAAUCUGAUCAGCUUGAAUUCCUGGAAGAUGUUAUUCCCACUACCAUGACAUUGAAGGAUGCGAUGGCUAAACGUAAAGAGAAUGUGAUAGAUAACACUGCUGCUGCACCAUCCACUCCUCCAGCAAAGAAGCAAAAGACAACUGCUAAAUCAACUCCAAAAUCAGAUGCUACCAGCAAUACUACUACUACUACUACUACGAAUACAACUACACAUACAGAAUCUGCAACUGUCCUUAGUGAUGAAGAGGAGGACGAUGAAGAUCAAGACGAUCAAGAGGAAGAGGACGAUGUGCAAGUACCUGAAGGAGAGCAACCUGAAGCGGAGCAGUCUGCCACAGACAGUGAGGUCCAAUUAGAUACAAAAUUAGAGGCAGUGACAGCAGCACAAGAUCAAGUCGAUCAAGAUGAUACAAUGAUGGAAGAGGAUCCAAAACAAGAUUAG